CGGGGGCCGGCUCUGGAGCGCGGCGCCGGCGGGCCGGGCGAGGGCGAGGGCGGCCCAGCAGCUCCCGUGGCCUCGGACGCUCCUCCUCAGCCUCCGCCCGCGCCCGCGCUCGGACCCCGCCGCCCCUUCCGGCCGCUCACCUGGGACGCGCUCACCUGCGGGCGCGCGCCGGGGCGGCAGGAUGAAGGACCGGCUGGAGCAGCUGAAGGCCAAGCAGCUGACACAGGAUGACGAUGCCGUGGAUGUGGAGAUUGCCAUCGACAACACGGCUUUCAUGGAUGAGUUCUUCGCUGAGAUCGAGGACACGCGGCUCAACAUCGACAAGAUCUCAGAGCACGUGGAGGAGGCCAAAAAGCUCUACAGCGUCAUCCUGUCCGCACCCAUUCCAGAGCCAAAAACCAAGGAUGACCUGGAGCAGCUCACAGCCGAGAUCAAGAAAAGGGCCAACAACGUCCGGAACAAGCUGAAGAGCAUGGAGAGGCACAUUGAAGACGAAGAAGUCCGCUCGUCUGCAGACCUUCGCAUCCGGAAAUCCCAGCACUCGGUCCUGUCCCGGAAGUUCGUGGAGGUGAUGACCAGAUACAACGAGGCGCAGGUGGACUUCCGAGAGCGCAGCAAGGGGCGGAUCCAGCGGCAGCUCGAAAUCACCGGCAAGAAGACCACGGACGAGGAGCUGGAGGAGAUGCUGGAGAGCGGGAACCCCGCCAUCUUCACCUCCGGGAUCAUCGACUCUCAGAUUUCCAAGCAAGCCCUGAGCGAGAUCGAGGGGCGGCACAAGGACAUCGUGCGGCUGGAGAGCAGCAUCAAGGAGCUGCACGACAUGUUCAUGGACAUCGCCAUGCUGGUGGAGAACCAGGGUGAGAUGUUAGAUAACAUAGAGCUGAAUGUCAUGCACACCGUGGACCACGUGGAGAAGGCGCGGGAAGAGACGAAGCGAGCCGUGAAGUACAAGGGCCAGGCCCGGAAGAACCCAAUUUUUCUCCAGCCUGGAGCGGCCACCCGUGACUUUCGAUGGAAAUGGAGUUGGAAUGGCGCACCCAAGGGCGAGAGAAACCCAUUCCUUUGUUUCCGUGUCACCAUCCCUGGACCUGACCCAGCCAACAAUCUAGGCCUGGAGGAAUCCCGCCGACCGAGCGCAACCCUGAGUUCUCCAAACCUUCUCCUGCCCUACCAAUGCCGAAGUGCCUUUUCUCCUGGAUGAGGAAGUAGCCGUUUGCGUUUCUUCAUUCUGACGUGUCAAAUCAGACACUGCACCUUGUCAUUCCGAUGUGUCAAAUUAGACACUGCACCUUGAAAAGCUUAGCUGAGGCCUUCCCAAGGUGCUGUAUUUUCUACCUCAUGGAGGAUUCUUCUCCUAGAAAUUGCUUUUAUUUGGGCAGGGCUGGGGUGGUUUUCUAGAAGAAAAGUAAAGGGAUUCUUCUAAGUCUUGCAGUGAAAAGGCCUGCAGCUGAAAAGGCCAGGGAGGACCCCGAUCCUCGGUCUGUUGUUCCCUCUGUCAGGAAAUAGGAGGGACCAGCAGAUGUCAUUUUGGCCUCAGCAGCUGGGCUGUUUGAAAUUAGGCUUCAAGCUACUCUCAGCCUGGUGACCGGCCAACUUUGAUCUUUGCGUAUGUUGUAUUUGCUCAUGUUUACCCAGGGAGGCACCAGGCUGACCGUCCUUUGAAGUUACCAUCUGUUAGCAUUGAAAGUCUGGUACUUGCUUCCAUGUCUGAGUCCUGGACACCAGCUCGCUGUUGGCCACUCGGGGAAGCCCCUGCCUGGAGACCAGCAAUAACCAAGUCUGGAAACUGGGCCAGGGGCUAGGUGCUCCACAUCGCGGGCUCUGGACAUGUUUCAGACAGAGUAUUCACUCACUCACUUCAUGGAUUCCAGAUGAUUUUUUCUUUUUUUUAAUUCUGUAUUUGAGGUGCAUGUCUGUGGAUGCGUGUAUCUCUCAGGAAAUAAUAAAUUAGAAGUGAAGGAUAUUUAUGACCUUAAAAAAGAAAUACACGAGUGAAAAUUAUGCAAGAAACAACUCACGGAAUGAAUUUCUACUGAGAAUAGAAUCUUACCAUGUCAUUGAGCACUGGGCUCUUUGGGAGAGUACUGGGAGAGUCACAGAUCUUUGGGCUGAGGACUGAGCUGUCAUUCAGCUCUUCUGCUUAGCAGACAGAAAGUGUGACCAAAGUUUUGGCACCUCUCCUCGAUGCCCCGAAGCUAGGCUUGACUUGAGAACAUCCUGUCGGGGUGUGAUAUCACCCAAGUGGCCCUGGGAUGGCGGGUGUUGUUUCUCUCUGGGGCUGAUCUAGUAGGCGCGGAUGAGGAACAACUGGGUGGUUCUGCCAGAGUGAAUCUGAAUGGUUCACUGUGGCCUCCAUGUGUCAUCAUGGAGGAUGCAACAGCUGGGAAGUUCUCAAGUGUAGUGACUGGCCCACCAGCCGGUGAGCCCCUUGCCUGUUGCCUCCGUCCUCCCCGAUUUGUAUUUCGGCUCCGACCGUCAUGUUCUCCGGACAGGGUGAGCACCCUCGUCCAGCCAUCGCCUGUUGGCUUCCUUCACGCGGGCUCCUUUACUCCGCCAUUGCCCAGUACUCAGACAGAGCCAGGGGGUCGCUCUGGCCCACGGCUGUGAAGUCAGACUAGGACUGGGUCCUGCAGCAUGCAGACAAGCUGUACUCAGUCCUUCAUGCUCUGGAGACUGGCGUCUGGGACUUAGAGUUUAGAAUGCAAGUGAAGGUAUUUUGUUGUUGUUGUGUGUAUUUUUUUUAAUGUAAACAUGAUUAUUUUAUUGCUAAUUUAAGAAUAAAUGACUUUAUAUUGAUUAUGAAACAGCUCUGGCUCUAUUUUCCUGAAAAACAUUCUGUGAUUUGGUACCGUGGUGGGUGCUGCGUAGGUUUUUGCAAAGGGCCUCGAAUCUUCUGGUUUGCUUUGGGCCACACCUGGUGGUGUGCAGGGGUUUAGUUCAGGGGAACGUAUGUGCUGCUGGGGACUGAUCCAUGUCGGCCCUUGCAGGUGCUUGCCUUCCUUGUUGUUACUAUCUCUCUGGCCCCUGGAAUCUUUUUAAAACUACUGUGUUGAGUCAGAUGGAUCAGAAAUUCUGUUUUUAUUAUUAUUAUUUUUAAAUGGCUUAACUUUCAAAGACAUCAACAUUUAAUAGUGAGUUUCAGGUUUUAGGUGCUCUUACCCAAAGGAAUUUGGUCCACUCACUUCCGAGUAUGUGUCUCUAGCAGGAAGCGGUGACUUUCUGGGAGGUAGAGGGCAUCUUCCACCUUGGCCGUUGACUCUUCACCUCUGGUGACUCUCUCACGUUGAAGUAACACUUCGAUCUGUCUCUGGGUUCUAGCAGCCAGAUCCAUCUUCCCUCUCCCUUCUGGCACUCCUUUCUCCUCCAGCUCCUUUCCUUGUCUCCCUCCUUUCGGAACACCCCAUGCACGAUGCUGAUGUUUCUCCCAUACUUU